GAACUGCCACUUGAAUGAAAAAUCUAAGCCCUCACAAGAUUCUCGUCCCACAGUCGAAGAAGACUCUCUCGUACUCGAUCUCCCGCUUUCCUUGACCAAUCCCAUUGAAAAUUCAAGCACGUCUUUCCUUUUCUUCACUUGCCUUAAUUUUCCUUUGGUUUCUUAUAAAUCUAACACUUCAUAUUUUCUUCACCUCCAAUUUCCCUUUCUAAAAUUCAAACAGUCCCUUUCACUUUUUUCAACGGUCUUCAUUUUGAGUUCAAACUCUGAAUGGCUGUUAAGCUUCAGCAUAUAUAUGGCAGUUUGUGGCAGCGUAUCCUCCACACAGCACCGCGCACAUCACGUGGCCCACACUCUUUCUUGACAACAGCCUCCUUGCUUCGUCUUCCACUGUCUCUUUGCUGUCUUUCUUCUUUCACCGUCUCUCUAUUUCCCUCCAGAUAUGGCUACCAAGCUCAUGCAAGCCGUUCAGUACAGUAGCUUUGGCAAAGGAGCUGCUGGGUUGGAGCAUGCUGAAGUUCCAAUUCCAGCUCCAGCUAAAGAUGAGGUUUUGCUGAAAUUGGAAGCAGCAAGCAUAAAUCCACUGGAUUGGAAAAUUCGGAAAGGGAUAUGGCGUCCCGUUGUUCCCCGCAAACUCCCUCAUAUACCAGUUACUGAUGUGGCCGGAGAGGUCGUGGAGGUUGGAGCAGGAGUCAAGGAGUUCAAAGCUGGUGACAAAGUUGUUUCUAUACUUAGCCAUGUUUAUGGAGGUGGACUAGCAGAGUUUGCUGUGGCUAAAGAGAACUUAACAGUCUCAAGGCCUCCUCAAGUGUCAGCAGCUGAAGGCGCGGGAUUACCCCUUGCGGGUCUUACAGCUCUCCAGGCCCUCACCCAGGUGGUAGGCAUCAACCUCGACGGAAGUGGUCCAAAGAAAAGCAUCUUAAUCACAGCUGCCUCAGGUGGGGUCGGUCACUAUGCUGUUCAACUCGCAAAGCUGGGAAACACACACGUUACAGCCACCUGUGGAACACGAAACAUUGAUUUAGUCAAGAGCUUAGGGGCUGACGAGGUUCUGGACUACACUACCCCAGAUGGUGCAGCGCUCAGGAGCCCAUCAGGCCAGACAUACGACGCUGUGGUCGACUGUGGAACAGGCAAUAUUCCCUGGUCCACCUUCGAGCCAAACUUAAGCACAAAUGGGAAGGUUGUAAGUCUCACUCCCAACGUCAGUGCCAUGCUAACUUUUGUUCUGAAGAAACUCACUUUCUCUAAGAAGCAGCUGGUGCCAAUGUUUGCCUCUAUCAAGAAGGAGAAAGUGAAUUUUCUUGUUGGGUUGGUGAAGGAAGGGAAGCUUAAGACAGUGAUCGACUCCAAACAUCCUCUGAGCAAGGCUGAAGAUGCUUGGGCUAAGAGCAUCGAUGGCCAUGCCACAGGGAAGAUCAUUGUGGAGCCUUAAGCGUGAUUAUAUACCAACUCUUAUGUGCUUAAUGAAAAAGGUGUAAUGUAGUAUGCGAUGGUUAGGUAAUGGUUAUUUGCAUUAGAACAAGGUAUUUGAUGAUGUUUGUUUCUGCCUCACACUCAGUAGACUGGUUAUUGUAGAUGUAUGGGCCUUUUAUUCAUAUUCACCUUGUAUAAGCUUUUAUCAAGAUACCAUCAUGGCCCUUUUUUUCCCUUGUUUUUAUUCUGUGGGAUGCUGCUUUGGGUAAUGAAGUUUUUCCAAGGAAA